AUGUCCAGGUGAUUGUGACUCGAAAGGCGGAGGGGGUCAGCCCUGGAUUUCUGGUUGUCAAUCCUCUCAGGGGACACCACCACUAUCCAUCAAUUGCUGGAAGUCCCAGAUGAUUCCAUUCACCCCAAGAUGUCUGUGUUUGAUACAAGUGAUGUGGACAUCCCACCAUUGGAGGAACUGGGCUACAACACUACGGCCCAGAGUAAAUCUGGUCUUUGACUUAUAAGGAAUAGGACUUCCCCCUCUAUGUGCCCCCUGCCAGCCGUGGUUACUCUGAUUGCCUCCAGCUCCUCCUCAAGAAGGGAGCCGAAGUUGACUUUUCCCCCGGAGGAGGACAUGCCUUACAUUGCCAGAUAAUGGCCCCCCACGGUGAAUGUGUGAGGCUGCUACUGAGACAUGGCGCCAAUGACCAAUGUGGAAUCCCAAGAUGGGACUUUACCUCUCCAUUACUGCCAGAAGAAUGAGUCCUACCACUGCGCCAAGCUUCUUCUCCAAUAUGGAGCCCAUGUGAACCGGCAGACGGAGGAUGAAGAAUUCACCCCACUGCAUGUGGCAGCUCAGCAUGGACUGCUGGAACAUGCUGAUCUUUACCUGCGUUAUGGGGCUGCUGUUGAUAAGAGAAGUAUAAAUGGGGAGACCCCCUUGAGUGUUGCGUGCAGUCAUCCUCAGGAACCACAGGAUUUGGAGAGGUACUAUCAGGUGUGCCAGCAUCUCAUACAGCAUGGAGCCAACAUUCAUACCCGGGACAAGGACCAGCAGAGCCCUCUACACUUGGCCUGUAAAAGUGCUAAUCCUCAGGUGGUGGAGCUGCUUUUGGAGAAGGGGGCAGAAGUCAACGUCAUGAGCUAUAGUGGCAACACCGCCAUGCAGAACAUUCUCCAGGUGACCUCAUAUAAGCUUCAGAACCAACCAGAACUCAUUGUGCGGGCACUUCUGAAUCAUGGGGCCAUCCGGGUGUGGCCAGGAGCCCUCAUCAAGGUUCUACGCUAUUGUUACACGUCUCCACGGACCGUCGAAGUUCUGCUGAACACGUACAGUAAACUACAAGGGACAGAAGAGACUGGGCUGAGGUGGUACCAGAGGAAGAACAACAGAAACAUCUCCGGUUCUCCAGUCGGUCUUCUCGCUGUCCCACAGUCCACGUUCUCUUCAGCAUCUCUGCCGCUGUGCUCUGCGCUCACACCUGGAGGGGCGGAUGCCACAGGUUCUGCCCAAGCUGCCUUUACCACCCUCACUCCUGCAGUUCCUACAGCUUCGCUUUGAGGACAUCUUGUACUGA